GCCACGGGAGGCGGGGGCGCCCGGGCCCUGGAUGUCCCGCAGCGCGGCGGCCAGCGGCGGACCCAGGAGGCCUGAGCAGCAUCUGCCCCCAGCCCCCUGUGGGGCCCGGGGCCCCCCUGAAACCUCCAGGACGGAGCCAGAAGGGGCGGGCACCAUGAAUAAGUUACGGCAGAGCCUGAGACGGCGGAAACCAGCCUACGUGCCCGAGGCGUCGCGCCCCCACCAGUGGCAAGCGGACGAGGACGCUGUGCGCAAGGGCACGUGCAGCUUCCCAGUCCGGUAUCUGGGCCACGUGGAGGUGGAGGAGUCCCGGGGGAUGCAUGUGUGUGAAGAUGCCGUGAAGAAGCUGAAGGCGAUGGGCCGGAAGUCCGUGAAGUCUGUCCUUUGGGUGUCAGCUGAUGGACUCCGAGUGGUGGAUGACAAGACCAAGGACCUGCUGGUAGACCAGACCAUUGAAAAGGUCUCCUUUUGUGCCCCUGACCGCAACCUGGACAAGGCUUUCUCCUACAUCUGCCGGGAUGGGACCACCCGCCGCUGGAUCUGCCACUGUUUCCUGGCGCUCAAGGACUCUGGGGAGAGGCUGAGCCAUGCCGUAGGCUGUGCCUUCGCCGCCUGCCUGGAGCGGAAACAGCGGCGGGAGAAGGAAUGCGGGGUCACGGCCGCCUUCGAUGCCAGCCGCACCAGCUUCGCCCGCGAGGGCUCCUUCCGCCUGUCAGGUGGCGGGCGGCCCACUGAGCGAGAGGCCCCUGAAAAAAAGAAAGCAGAGGCAGCAGCUGCCCCAACUGCAGUUCCUGGCCCUGCGCAGCCUGGGCACGUGUCCCCGACACCGGCCACCACAUCUCCCGGUGAGAAGGGUGAGGCGGGCACCCCAGUGGCUGCAGGAACCAGUGCGGCCGCCAUCCCCCGACGCCACGCCCCGCUGGAACAGCUGGUUCGCCAGGGCUCCUUCCGCGGGUUCCCGGCACUCAGCCAGAAGAACUCACCUUUCAAACGGCAGCUGAGCCUACGGCUGAACGAGCUGCCAUCCACACUGCAGCGGCGCACAGACUUCCAGGUGAAGGGCACAGUGCCCGAGAUGGAGCCUCCGGGUGCCAGUGACAGCGACAGCAUCAGCGCUCUGUGCACGCAGAUCAGCUCGUCCUUCGCCAGUGCUGGAGCCCCAGCACCUGGGCCGCCACCAGCCGCAGCAGGGACUUCUGCCUGGGGUGAGUCCUCCGCGCCCCCCUCAACUACCUUCCAGCCUGGGCACAAGCGGACCCCUUCGGAGGCCGAGAGGUGGCUGGAGGAGGUGUCCCAAGUGGCCAAGGCGCAGCAGCAGCAGCAGCAAGCGGCCUCCGUGCCCCCUGUGGCCCCCGCUCUGCAGCCCUUCCCUGGCCCCGUGGGGCCUUUCGAUGCGGCACCUGCCCAGGUGGCCGUGUUCCUGCCACCCCCACACAUGCAGCCCCCGUUUGUGCCUGCCUACCCGGGCUUGGGCUACCCGCCCGUGCCCCGGGUGCCCGUGGUGGGCAUCACCCCCUCACAGAUGGUGGCCAACGCCUUCUGCUCUGCCGCCCAGCUCCAGCCCCAGCCCGCCACCCUGCUCGGGAAGGCUGGAGCCUUCCCACCCCCAGCCAUGGCCACUGCCCCCGGGGGCCAGGCCCGCCCACGUCCCAAUGGGGCACCGUGGCCCCCAGAGCCGGCCCCUGCCCCGGCCCCUGAGUUGGACCCCUUUGAGGCCCAGUGGGCAGCAUUAGAAGGCAAACCGGCUGUUGAAAAACCUUCCAACCCCUUCUCCGGCGACCUGCAGAAGACCUUCGAGAUUGAACUGUAGCUCGAGCUACCCUGCCCGUCCCAGCAUCUCCUGGUGCCCCACAGCUGGGCAUGGAGGCCCAACCUCUCUCCCUAGUCCCACACCCUGGGGCUGUGCCCCCCAACAUCCCCUCCAGCCCCCUGAUCACCCCCCGCAACCACUACAGAACUGACAUUGUAUGCCCAGAUUGUGACAGGAUGGAAUUCAGGGAUGGACCCGGCCUGGCUAAGGGACCCAUUUCACUGCCAGACUUAGGCUGGCAAUGC